AUGGAUGAUGAAGCAAAUGAUCAAUUAAUUGGAAUUUCCCCACUUCCUCCACUUGUAGAAGCUAUUCAAUUAAUUAGCCAAUUUGCUUUUAGUGUUGAACCCGAACCUUUUGAGAAUUUAGAAGAAAAUGAAAUACAACAACAACAAAAUAAUCAAAUGUCAACUACUUCAAUAUCUGAACAAUUAAAUAAACCAGAAAUUGAAACAACAAAAGAAAAACAAAAAGAAAUUGUUAAAAAGUCGCGGAAAAGACGAAGAUCUACUGAGAACAAUGAAAUUGUCGAGAUUAAAACAAAAAUUAUUCAAAAUAGGCCUCCAACGCCUACAGAAGUGAUUAAACAGCGAGAAUUAGAAUGGAAUGAAAGGCAAAGACAAAGAGAAGAAAAAUACAAAAAGCGAAACAAUAUGAUAGAACAAAAUACCCAACAAAUGGAAGGUUGGAAUACUGACACUGCUGCUGAAAAUGCAUCUUUUAAACUUUUUACUAAACGUGUUGAUGAAAUUCUUGAACAAGUGGAUGAAGAAAUGAGUACAUUACCUACAUCAACGAUGAGUUUAGGUUUAUCUGAGGAAUCUGGAUUUUCUAUUGAAAAAUCUAAAUUGGAAGAACUUAGAGAAGAGGCCCAGAAAUUAAAAUUUUGGCAAAAACUUUCUGACAUACCUACAGAGAAACUUGUCAAAUUGUUGACGGUGCUAGAAAAGAAUAUUCGAGAGUUUUUAAUUGAUGAUGACGAUGUUGAUGGCACAGCAUUUUAUGCUCGUAUUAGAGGAAAUGAGAGUGAUGAAACUGAUGAGGCAUUUCGUGAAUUGAUAGACGAACGUUUGCUUAAAUCAGUUGAUGCUGCUUUGACGGCCUUAUGUAUUAUGACUUCUAGGCGAAUGCCGAAACAAGUCCUAGUAGAGGAUGUAUUUGAGCGUUCAGUUCAAUUAUGCAAACAAUGCCUCCAAGAAGUUAUUUAUCCAAAUACCGAUAAUUCUCUUAAAGUACAAUCUUCUAAAUUACGAAAAUCAGGAGAUUGUUCAUUUAUUAAAAAACGAAACAUUUCAAGAAAUAUCAAUACUUCACAAUUGUAUAGCAGACUUCUUGAUUUAUUGACAUGUUUUUCAGAAUUGGCUCGUCUUCAUAGUCUAAGCGAAACAUUGAUGAUUCAAUUAAGUUCACUUUGUACACCCCCAUUCUUUGUUGAGAAUGUGCCAGAAGUUCAAAUGCAAUCAAUUAAUCUCCUUCCUAUUAUUUUUGCUAAAUGCCCUACUCUACGGCGAACUAUAUUGCUUGAUCUUCUUAACAUGGUUCAUAAACUGCCUUUGACACGCAACAUUCGCAAUUCCCAUCGUCUUAGUGCUAACGAGUCUAUUGGAAAUUUUACUGUUCUUAUAUUGCAAUUAAUUCAAUCAGCUUUACCUCCACGGAAAACCGUUCAUCAUAAAAAUGAUUAUCGUCAUGAAAAAAUAAUUCGUGAUUCAGAUGAUAAAAUUGUUGUUGAUUCUUAUGAUGAAGCUAAAAAGUUGGCUGCUUUUUUUCUUGGUGGUUUCUUAGGGAAAUGUACAGCGAAGGCUGAAGAUGAUUAUAGACGAUUGUUUGAACAGUUUCUUUCGGACAUACUAGUUGCUCUACAUCGACCAAUGUGGCCUGUAGCCGAAAUGAUUCUUACUGUCUUGGGCAAUUUAUUGGUUGUGCAUUAUCGCUCCAAAACAUUUGAUUUAUCUUUACGAAUUGCUUCGCUCGAUUAUUUGGGUAUAAUUACUGCUCGUUUACGUAAGGAUAGAGUUGCUGUCCUUUCGGCUGAAUCUUCAGCACAGGAAAAGGAUCGUUUAAAUUCUAUUGUAAAGAGUAUUCUAUUUGAUGAGAAUGCUUAUGAUCCAAGUUAUAAUGUUGAGGAUGUUGACAUUAGCCAUGUUUGA